CGGCUCAUUCCAUCGGAAGACAUUCAGAUUUACAUUCCUUACUCAAUCAUCUCACAAUAAGCCCUUGCGAUUGAUCAUCAUAAUCUUCAACGUCAUCACUUGCCUUAUCCCAUCACCCCUCAUUCUCAUUACAACCCCGCACCAUGGCGCCCAAGGGUCCCUUCAAGCUUGUCACGGUCAACACCGCACCUGAGCGGGCGAAGAGACUGGUCGGCCGCAUGACCGAGGCGCUCAAGGACCAGUACACGAUCGAUUAUGUCGCCAACUGCGAAACGAUCGACGAGGUCGAGAUCAAAGUGAAGGAGCACAAGCCGGACGUCUUGUUCUGUGCAUCAAUGUGGACAGCGGAGGAGGCAGAGCAGAUCCAGGCUACCGCCAGGUCAAUCGUCCCGAACAUCAAGACCCACGCCAUUCCCCAUGGGUUGCAGGUUGAGAGAGGGCCCGAUGCAAUUGUUGAGCACCUCCUUGAAAAGGUGCCUCAAUUGCUCGAGAGCUAGUUUAUCUACAGCAUGAAGAUGGAAUGACAUAAGUAACCUAAAACAUGCCAAAUAUGAAGUUCUGAUGCC